UCGUCUUAUAUUCGCGCAGAGAGAGUCCCCGAAGCACGAAAAGCAAAAAGCAAUAGCACUCUUUCUUGCCCUUUCCUCAAUUUAGAGAGAGGACAAAGAGGGGCGGCUCUUCUGCGCUUCCACCGUUUCGGUAGCUUUUCAACCAUGCUUAAAGUUUCUGUAAAAUGGCAAAAGGAGGUAUUCCCUGAUGUGGAAAUUGACACCAGCCUGCCUCCUUAUGUUUUCAAGUGCCAGUUGUUUGAUCUUACUGGAGUUCCGCCAGAAAGGCAGAAGAUCAUGGUCAAGGGUGGUCUGUUAAAGGAUGAUGCAGACUGGAAAACUGUUGGUAUCAAACAGGGCCAAAAAUUGAUGAUGAUGGGAACAGCUGAUGAGAUUGUAAAAGCCCCAGAGAAGGGUCCUGUUUUUGUCGAAGAUCUUCCUGAAGAAGAACAAGCUGUUGCAGUGGGUCACAGUGCAGGCUUAUUCAAUCUGGGAAAUACAUGCUACAUGAACUCUACUGUACAGUGUCUACAUUCUGUUCCUGAAUUGAAGUCGGCCUUACUUCAGUAUCGACCUUCUGGAAGAAGGAAUGAUCUGGAUCAAACUUCUCAUAUGCUGACUGUUGCAACACGUGAUUUGUUUAGUGAGUUGGAUAAGACUGCGAAGCCUGUUGCGCCGAUGCAAUUUUGGAUGUCCCUGCGGAAAAAAUAUCCUCAGUUUGGGCAGUUGCACAAUGGUGUCUUCAUGCAGCAGGAUGCUGAAGAAUGCUGGACUCAACUUUUAUACACUCUUUCACUGUCUCUUCGGUCACCAGGUGCCAACGACAAUCUGGAUACUAUUAAAGCCCUUUUUGGUAUUGAACUUGUGAGCAGGAUGCAUUGCCAAGAAAGUGGUGAAGAAAGCUCAGAAGCAGAGUCAGUUUAUUCCCUUAAGUGCCACAUAUCACAAGAGGUGAACCAUUUGCAUGAAGGACUGAAACAUGGUUUGAAAUCUGAAUUGGAAAAGGCUUCGCCACCAUUGGGGAGAAGUGCAAUUUACAUUAAGGAGUCUCGUAUCAAUGGCUUACCGAGGUAUUUAACCAUCCAGUUUGUUCGAUUUUUCUGGAAGAGGGAGUCAAAUCAGAAGGCCAAGAUUCUGCGAAAAGUAGACUAUCCUUUGGAGUUGGAUGUCUAUGAUUUCUGUUCUAGUGACCUACAGAAGAAGUUGGAAGCCCCUCGCCAGUUUCUUAGGGAUGAGGAAGGUAAAAAACUUGGACUAAAGGUAGCUGAGAAGAAUGCUGCUGCACCAAAAGACGAUGAUGAGAAGAUGGCUGAUGCAGAGGGUUCAUCAAACACAAACGGGGAGUCAUCUGUGGCGUCUUCUCAAGAUGCGGAGGACACCCAGCUGACCGGAGUUUAUGACUUGGUUGCGGUCUUGACCCACAAGGGCAGAAGUGCUGAUUCUGGACAUUAUGUCGCCUGGGUCAAGCAAGAAGAUGGAAAAUGGAUCGAGUAUGAUGAUGAUAAUCCCAUUCCUCAACGUGAAGAGGACAUCGUCAAAUUGUCUGGGGGAGGUGAUUGGCAUAUGGCAUACAUAUGCAUGUACAAGGCCCGGGUUGUUCGCAUGUAAUUCUUUCAUUCAUUUUUCAUGUGAUCCAUCUCUGUUGCUACUUGGAAUUGUUACCCUUUUCAGUUACUACCUGCCAUGGAACUAUAGCUGUGGCUUGAGAACUUCGAAAUGUGCUCGUUGUAGAGAUUGUUAAAAUUUAAAUACCGAAGCCGCUGUUGUAAUUUUUGUGGAUUUGUGGUGUAGUAGGCAUUCACCUCAGUGCUAUGGAAAGCAAUUGGAACAAUUCUUAUUCGCUUAAA